AACAUGUUUUGAUCUGCACUUUGUGAUUGGUCAAUGGCCUGCUUUUUGGGACGGUAAAUCUGACUGACAAGUUGCUGGUCCAGUCAGAGACAAGUCAUUCCAACGUCACAAGCCCAGCAGAUACCCCAUUUGCCAAAGGACAAAUCCCCUCCCCAUUUAAUUCAUAUGAGGCAGUUUAAAAUCUCUCCGCUCACCUGGACAGCUCCUCUUCAUCGUGUCAUCCUGCUACAAACACACACGCAUAGUAAACACACACAUCGUCACACAGAGGGCCAUGUCACAGACAGAGUCGACACUGACUCAGACUCCUCUGGAGAAAACUUGGGUUCCGUGGAUGAAGAGCAGACUGAGGCAGCGCCGAGGCUCAUCUGUGCCACAGUUUACCAACUCCCCAACUAUGAUCGUGAUGGUAGGACUUCCAGCAAGAGGGAAAACCUACAUCUCUAAGAAGCUCACCAGAUACCUGAACUGGAUCGGGGUUACAACUAAAGUCUUUAAUAUUGGGCAGUAUCGGAGAGAAGCCACAUGUUCCUACAACAGCUUUGAGUUCUUCAGACCCGACAACAUAGAGGCCAUGAAGAUACGCAAAGCCUGUGCCAUCACGGCCCUGAAGGAUGUGUACGAGUACUUCAUGAGUGGGCAAGGUCAAGUUGUGGUUUUCGACGCCACCAACACCACACAGGAGCGCAGAGAGCUCAUCCUCAGCUUUGCCAAGCAGAACAGUUACAAGGUGUUUUUUGUGGAGUCAAUAUGUGACGAUCCGGAAAUCAUUGCUGAGAAUAUUAAGCAAGUGAAACUGAGCAGUCCAGACUACGUGGGCUGUAACAAAGAGGAGGCUGUGGCAGAUUUCCUCAAGAGGAUUGAAUGUUACAAGCUGACGUACAUUCCACUGGAUGACAACAAGGACAGGGACUUGUCUUACAUCAAGAUCUUCAACGUGGGCAGCAGGUACUUGGUGAAUCAGGUCCAGGACCACAUUCAGAGCAGGAUAGUCUACUACCUCAUGAAUAUCCAUGUCACGCCGCGCUCCAUCUACCUGUGCCGCCAUGGAGAGAGUGAACUCAACUUAUUGGGGCGCAUUGGGGGAGAUUCUGGACUGUCGCAACGUGGUGCUCAGUUUGCCAGCACUCUGGGCACGUACCUGCGUGGUCAGUGUAUCAGAGACCUGAAGGUGUGGACCAGCCACAUGAAGAGGACUAUCCAGACUGCCGAGGCUCUGGGAGUCCCAUACGAACAGUGGAAGGCCCUCAACGAGAUUGACGCUGGCGUUUGUGAAGAGAUGAUGUACGAAGAGAUUCAGGAAAAUUACCCCGAGGAGUUUGCACUCAGGGACCAAGACAAGUAUCGCUACCGAUAUCCAAAAGGAGAGUCCUAUGAGGACCUUGUGCAGCGUCUGGAGCCGGUCAUCAUGGAGCUGGAGAGGCAGGAGAACGUUUUAGUCAUCUGUCAUCAGGCUGUUAUGAGAUGUCUGCUGGCUUACUUCCUGGACAAGACUGCAGAUGAACUGCCUUACUUGAAGUGUCCUCUUCACACGGUCCUCAAACUCACCCCGGUCGCAUAUGGUUGUAAAGUGGAGUCUGUCUUUUUGAACAUUGAUGCUGUCAACACACACAGGGACAAACCAGUGAACGUGGAUGUGGACAGAGACCCAGCGGAAGCACUGGAGACGGUCCCAGAGCACAUAUAGAAGACCAACAGCCACAAAGAGCUGAUUUUACUUCAAUCACACAAUGUGGCCUUUUUUUUUAUUGUUAUUAAUUAAUCAUAUUGACCAUUGUUGUUAUUGUUGAAAUGUUGACACGUGAGAUAUUUCUUCUGUGGCAGCCUGUUACCAUUGGAAAUGCACUUUAGAACUCAGCUGUCCACAUUUUUUACAUUAACAUUUAAUUUACUGUGAAAAUGAAGCUUCACUUUUUACCUAGACACCAGCAACAUGGGUCAUGUUAAAGCAUUCAUUUGCAGGCGUGCACACAACUGGUGCUCAUGGUGCUAAAAAUAAAUAUGCAGCAGAACACACGGAGUGAAGCACUUCUCAGGAGGAAAGCUGUGACAGCUUGUAAGAAAAGCUCUGUGUUUUCUGCUGCUCAUCAUUCAUUUUUAGCACACACAAGCACCAUGAGGACCUGUUACGUGCACGCCUGCUCAUUUGUAUUUUAUCCUGUUUUCUUCACGUCUUCAUUCUUUGUCUUUUUUUAUUCUCUUUGCAUUUGCUCUCCUUUAUUAAUGAAACUGCCAAAACACAUCUAACUGGGACGAUCAAUUUGAAUCAGUUAUGUACUGUUCUUACGGUUUUAGGUGCAGUGGCACAUCCUAAGAACAUCUCCCUGCCAGAGGUGAGGUGUUAGAGAGGAUUAGGUUUUUGUCAGCCGCCACUUUUAUGUUUCUUACCACACCGAGGUCAUGCUCAAUGAAAUUUAUGAGCAAAACGAAGCCUCGCAGCUCUUCACACUAUGUACUCCACAGUUCUCAAAUAAUAUCUAUUCUAUACCACCAUGUGACUAAUUGUGGAAGUGUAUUGCUACAACAGUAGUUUAAAAAAAAAUAGCAGUAACACAUUAUAACAUGCUGUCAGGAGUGAGUGGAGGUUUUUUUUAAUGACUGCAGCAGCUGAUCACAGCUGGAGAGAUUUCUGAUGGAGUAUGUCUGCACAGCAGCACUGUUAUAAACUCAGCGACCAUAUCUCUGUAUUCUGUCAUGUGACCUUCAUGAAUAUGUGCAUACAUGUACAAGAUGUAUAAGAAAAACUGCAUGAAUUAGAGUCUGCUAGAAAUAUUAUUUAGGCAGAAAACUAAAAACUGUAGUUUAACCAUAGAUUGCUGAGCAAUAAAUUAAUCUUAUUCUUUGUGGCAGAGGGUCUCUACAAGAGCAGGCCUGUAUGUGCAAUUGUGCAUGUGUACACACAGCAAUAAAUGCUAUUAACAUUGAAGCAGGAAAA